UAGAUGUAUAUAAUCCCGGGGUUGACCCAGAAAAUAGGCACUCGUUUCAAGAUCAGAUGCGCUUGCCUUUGUGUUCCAGACCCGUUAGAGUAUGAAGCUUAACCCUUUGGAAUAUAUGUUCUAAUCUUUCGGAUCUUCGCUGUGCGGAGUAAAAGAAAUCUAGCCAACAGCAGCAACAAAGUCACUGAACUUUGUAGAGAGAGCGUGAACUGUGAAUCACGAAGGAAGUCAUGGCCGACCAUCUCAUGAUGCCCAUGAAUCACGGCUCCGGUGGCGGCGGAGGUCUGCACGGCUUUCGGAUGGGCGUGAACGGCAGCCUGCAAGCCGGGCCCCAACAGCACACGCCGCCGCCGGGACUCCGCAACCUGCCCGGCGGCCAGAUGAUGCACUACGGCCCGGGGCCGCAGGCCAACAUGGAGGCCGUGAUGAGGCAGAGGCCGGGGAUGGUGGCGGGCAUGAAUGGGCAAAUGAACAACGGGCAGAUGGGUCACCAUCACCAGAUGGCGGGCAACAUGAUGUACAGCAGCCAGAGCCAGCAGCACCACCCCCAGCAACAGCAGCAGCACCACCCCAUGCACCCACAGCAGCAGGCUCCCCAGCAGCAGUACAUGGGAGGGGGCCUGACCUCCCAGCAGCUCAUGGCCAGCAUGCACCUGCAGAAACUCAACACUCAGUACCACGGACACCCCUUCAUGGUCAUGAACGGGAACCACAUGGGAAAUGGCCCCCAGUACCGGAUGGGCUCCGGUCAGCUGGCAGGCAUGCAGCACAUGGGCGGCCCCCCCCUGGGGCUUAACGUCGCCGACACGGACUUCAUCGACGAGGAGGUCCUGACGUCUCUCGUGUUGGAACUUGGCUUGGACCGUAUCCAGGAGUUGCCCGAACUCUUCCUGGGGCAGAAUGAGUUUGAUUUCAUCUCGGACUUCGUGAGCAAGCAGCAGCCCAGCACUGUGAGCUGCUGAAGUCCUGGCGAGAACAGUGGGGUUGGGGGGGGGUGUU